AUGAGCUUCCUCAAAACCAGGUCGCAUCACUUGUCCGGCGCAAUGGCCCCCUCUCCCUCAUCUUCGUCCGUCGACGACCCCGCCGACAACACGGCCGACGAGGAAGAUUCCGAGGACUACUGCAAGGGCGGCUACCACCCCGUCCAGAUUGGCGAGAAGUUCAAGGACGCCAAGUACACGGUUGUGGUGCGCUCCGCCGCCCACUACACCGAGACGGCCAUCGACGAGAUCAAGCUGCUCAGCAAGAUCGUCCAGGCCAACCCCGACCACCCUGGCCGCAAACACGUCGUCAGCCUCCUCGACUCAUUUGAACACAAGGGCCCCAACGGCACCCACGUCUGCAUGGUCUUCGAGGUCCUGGGCGAGAACCUCCUCGGCCUCAUCAAGCGCUGGAACCACCGCGGCAUCCCCAUGCCCCUCGUCAAGCAAAUCACAAAGCAGGUCCUCCUUGGCCUCGACUACCUCCACCGCGAGUGCGGCAUCAUCCACACAGACCUCAAGCCCGAAAAUGUCCUCAUCGAGAUUGGCGACGUCGAGCAAAUUGUGAAAAAGGUCGUCAAGAGCGACCCCGGCGACAAGGAAAACAACCGCAACGGCCGUCGGAGGCGGAGGACCCUUAUAACCGGCAGCCAGCCCCUUCCCUCGCCCCUCAACUCCACCUUUAAUCACUCCAACCUGUUCCCCUCGGUGGGCUCCCAGCCCAGCCUCGCAGGCGUCCUCAACGAAGGCACUGGGAGCACCAAGGAAUCCUCGCCCAAGUCGGCCGACGAGUCGCAGAAGCAGCGGGAGAAGUCUGCGGACGUUCUUAGCCGGGAAGUGUCCGGCAUCUCUCUCGACAAGUCGAGCAGUUCUUCGGCCUCGACUGGCGAGAAGCGCAAGGCAGAGGAUCCGCUUUCCUUUGAAAUUAUCAGUGUCAAGAUUGCGGACCUGGGCAACGCCUGCUGGGUCAACCACCACUUCACCAACGACAUCCAGACCCGGCAGUACCGCUCCCCCGAGGUGAUUCUGGGAUCGAAAUGGGGUGCCAGCACCGACGUUUGGAGCAUGGCGGCUAUGGUCUUCGAGCUCAUCACCGGAGACUACCUAUUCGAUCCGCAGUCUGGCACCAAGUACGGCAAAGACGACGAUCACAUUGCCCAGAUCAUCGAACUGCUGGGUCCGUUUCCGCGGUCGCUCUGCCUCAGCGGCAAGUGGAGCCAAGAGAUAUUCAAUCGAAAGGGCGAGUUGCGCAACAUUCACCGGCUGCGGCACUGGGCUCUACCCGAUGUGCUGCGCGAAAAAUAUCACUUCAAGGAGGAUGAAGCGAAGCGAAUCUCGACCUUUUUGACGCCAAUGCUGGAACUGGUACCGGAGAAGCGCGCAAACGCCGGGGGGAUGGCGGGGCAUGGCUGGCUAGACGACACGCCCGGCAUGAAGGGCCUCAAAGUCGAGGGCCUCGAGGUUGGGGGAAGAGGAGAGGGCAUCGACGGGUGGGCGACGGAAGUGAGGAAACGAUAG